UUUGGGUUUAGAUUUUCUUAAAAUUUUAAAACUUUUUUAAAGAUUUACCAAAAAUAUAUGUAAAUUCGGCUAAUAUUUGAAAGAAGCAUAGUAUGAUGCUAAAACCCUAACCCCUCACUCAGUGUCUUUGCUUCUUUAUUUCUGUAGAGAAGAUGGAGUGACAGUGUGUUUGCUUCUCUGAAUAAUUCAUAGCGUAUGAAGAAAUCCGAGCCACCAAAGACAUCAAAACCCGCGGAUGGGACCGAUUUUAUCAGUAGCAUGCCGGAUGCUAUUCUUCUUUUGAUUCUUUCACGUCUUCCAUCCACAGAAGAAGCAAUUCGAAGCAGCAUUUUGUCCAGAAGAUGGAGGAAUUUGUGGACUGCAAUUCCAUCGCUAUACUUAGACAUACGCCACGGGAGAAGAUACAAAAAAAGCGAGUUCAAAGAGUUAGUGUAUUGGGUUUUGGUAAACAGAUCCGCUGAUUUGGAUUGUUUUCGUUUAUAUUGUUCGGAUCAGUACAGUAUAUCGACAGCAUGGCGAUGGAUUCAUGCCGCCGUUAAGAGAAAUGUCAAAAAACUUGAGUUGACAUUUUACCCUAAGGAGAGUACAGGGGAUAUCGAGAUGCCCAAUUGCCUUGUUAUUUGCCCUUCGUUGGAGUCAUUAAGGUUGAGUUUGGGCCAUCAUGGUCUAAGGUUGCCUAAUAUCAUGGGGUUUCCGGCACUUAGGGUUCUUGAUUUGACCAGUGUUGACUUAUUGGAAGACGGCAAUUUGGUAAAAGGAUUUUCAUGGGAGUGAUGGGACGGAAUACGGGUGGUUGGAUGAAGAUGAAACAAGGGAAAUCUUGAGUAUUGAUUUGAAAAGGGUCGAGUUUUUUGAACUCAAUGGAGAAAAACCAAAAGUAGUUAUAAAAUGGUUUGAUGAUAUAUUGAAUAUGUAUUUCAGUUGGGGUAAGGAAACCAGGUUCUCUCAUUGGUGAAUGUGAAUGUAACUGUCAAAGUGAUUACUUGGUCUCAUGUGGAUGCUUUUCACAUUUGAAUUUUUGCUUCUUUUUUAACUAUAACUAGAAAAUACUUGUUUGCUCCUAUGAUUUUGUUCGUAUUCUGUUAAAAAAACUACAACAUGUAUGUCUUCUCUGGUUGCUCUUCUA